AUGGCCACAUACUCACGGCCCCUACCCUGCUUUGGCAACUAUGACAAGCUCUUUAGCUCUGCCAAUAAGUCUACUCUGCCAGCAAGCCGUGGCCCGAAGGGACGUGACAGAAGUGAAGAUGGUGAUGAGAGUGGUGGCAGUGUGAUGGUGCCAGUGGUGGUGGUGGUGGUGGUGGUGCUCUUGAUGAAGCAACCAGGCUCCCGGCAGCACACACAGCUUCUGUGCGGUUACGGCUUGGACCUGGUGCUGCACAGAGACCCCCUGCAGGGAGGCAGAAGGCCACCCGCCCCAGCCCGCGCCGAGCCGUCUGCCAUGGCCCUCAGCAUCCUCUCCGAGCAGUUCUGCAUCCGAAGGCCUCGCAAGGCAGAGUACAGGCUGUACAACGGGUCCGACAAGGAGUGUGUGUCCCCAACGGCCAAGGUCACCAAGAAGGAGACGCUCAAGGCGCAGAAGGAGAACUACCGCCAGGAGAAGAAGCGGGCCACCAAGCAGCUGUUCAGCGCGCUGACCGACCCCAGCGUGGUCAUCAUGGCCGACAGCCUGAAGGGACCCAAAGGCGAGAGCGUGGGCUCCAUCACACAGCCUCUCCCUAGCAGCUACCUGAUCUUCAGGGCCGCCUCCGAGUCGGACGGCCGCUGCUGGCUGGAUGCCCUGGAGCUGGCCCUACGAUGCUCCAGCCUCCUGCGGCUCGGCGCCUGCAAGCAGACCUGCGACAGUGAACCCAGCUCCUCGCCCGACACGUCGCCCUCGGCGCUCUACAGGCUGCCCGGCUCGGCCGACAACCACCCUGAGCGGGACCUGUUCCCACUGAACGGGUCGUCACUGGUGAGCCACCUGGAGAACGACGCAUUUUCUGACAAGUCAGAGAAGGAGAACGCCGAGGAGUCUGACAACGAGGCCCAGGACCACCGCCGGAAGACCCCCGAGAGCGGCAGCGACCAGUCAGAGCCGCGGGGCAGCCCGGCCCGGAACGGGACCACGUACGUGGAGCAGGCCUGCGAGGAGCUGGGGGAGGUGGGUGAGGCGGCUCAGGUAGAGACCGUGUCUGAGGAGAACCGGAGUCUGAUGUGGGUGUUGCUGCGGCAGCUGCGGCCAGGCAUGGACUUGUCCCGCGUGGUGCUGCCCACGUUUGUGCUGGAGCCCCGCUCCUUCCUCAACAAGCUGUCCGACUACUACUACCAUGCCGACCUGCUCUCCAGGGCGACGCUGGAGGAGGAUGCCUAUGGCCGCAUGAAGCAUGUGCUGCGAUGGUACCUGUCAGGCUUCUACAAAAAGCCAAAGGGGAUCAAGAAGCCCUACAACCCCAUCCUCGGGGAGAUCUUCCGCUGCCGCUGGUUCCACCCGCAGACCGACAGUCACACCUUCUACAUCGCGGAACAGGUCUCCCACCACCCGCCUGUGUCUGCCUUCCACAUCAGCAACCGGAAGGAUGGCUUUUGUAUCGGUGGCAGCAUCACGGCCAGGUCCAAGUUCUAUGGGAACUCACUAACAGCUCUGCUGGACGGCAAGGCCACGCUCACCUUCCUGAACCGAGCUGAGGAUUACACCAUCACCAUGCCCUACGCCCACUGCAAAGGAAUCCUCUAUGGCACCAUGACCAUGGAGCUGGGUGGCAAAGUGACCAUCGAGUGUGAGAAGAACAACCUCCAGGCCGAGCUGGAGUUCAAGCUCAAGCCUUUCUUCAGGGGCAGCACCAGCAUCAACCAGAUCUCAGGGAGGAUCACGGCGGGAGAGGAGGUGUUGGCGAGAGUCUCGGGGCGCUGGGACCGAGAAGUCUUCGUCACGGAGGAGGGGCGCGUGGGUGCUGAGCUCCUCUGGAACCCGGCGGGAGAGGUGCGUGCACAGAGACUGAAGAGGCACACGGUGCUGUUGGAGCAGCAGACGGAGCUGGAGUCGGAGAGGCUCUGGCAGCAUGUCACCAGGGCCAUCUGUGAGGGCGACCAGCACAGGGCCACACAGGAGAAGUUUGUGCUGGAGGAGGCACAGCGGCGACGGGCCCUCGAACGCCAGCAGACUCUCACGCCCUGGACGCCACGGCUGUUCCACCUGGACCCUGCCACCCAGGAGUGGCACUACCUAUAUGAGGACCGCAGUCCUUGGGACCCUGAGAAAGACUUGCUGCAGUUCGAAGAAAACGGGAUCCUGCACACCCUGCGGAGGACGGCUGUGGCCCGCCUGACCCCCUUCCUGCACAGCCCGGGGCCCAGACGCAAGGGGCCUGGCCCUGAGCACCGGCUCCGCAAAGCUAGCGACCAGCCGUCGGGCCACAGCCAGGCCACUGAGAGCAGUGGCUCCACGCCCGAGUCCUGCCCGGAGCUGUCCGAUGAGGACGGUGACUUCCAGCCCGGCUGCGGGAGCCCGUGCCCACGGUGUGGGAAGGAGGCCCGGCGGCUGCAGGCAUUGCAUGAGGCGGUGCUGUCCGUCCGAGAGGUCCAGCAGGACCUGCACAGGCACCUCUCGGCCAUGUUGAGCUGCACGGUCCAGGCUGCACCCCCGCCAGCCCCCCGCUUCCUGCAGAGUCCCCGCUCUUGGGUCCUGCUCUGUGUGCUGCUGGCCUGUCAGCUGCUUAUCAACUCCAUCCUCAAAUGA